UUGUCGUGGGCAGAGUCCGGCCCAGAGCAAGGCCCUGGUGCCGCCGCUGUCGGGGAGGCGCAGCCGUUACCCGCGGCGCGACGCGGGGCCGCUCUCUCGCCCCUCAGAGGCGGCCCGGCCGGCUCGGCUCGGCGGCCAGCACGGGGCUCAUGGCGGAGUUCUAGGUCAAAUGAUUAGUUCUGUGGCAAGACAGCAUGACACUUUGAGUAUGACAGAAGCCCUGAUGCUGCAGCAGAGGCUGGGAAUAUUAAUGGCCAAAUCUAGGGGCAGGACUACAUUCACUCUUCCCCUGCUCCACCGUGGGGUCCCUCCCAUAGGAGAGAGUCCUCCAUGAACUUCUCCAGUAGAUCCCAUGGUCUUCUAAAGAAGUCAUGGGUAGCUGUUGUAGCUGUCCAGAUAAAGAAACUGUCCCAGAUAACCAUCGAAACAAAUUUAAGGUUAUUAAUGUGGAUGAUGAUGGUAAUGAACUGGGUUCUGGCAUAAUGGAGCUUACAGAUACAGAACUAAUUUUGUAUACCCGUAAAAGGGACUCAGUAAAAUGGCACUACCUCUGUCUCCGUCGCUAUGGCUAUGACUCAAAUCUUUUCUCUUUUGAAAGUGGCCGAAGAUGUCAGACUGGACAAGGAAUCUUUGCCUUUAAAUGUUCCCGUGCAGAAGAGCUAUUUAAUAUGUUGCAAGAGAUAAUGCAGAAUAAUAGCAUAAAUGUGGUAGAAGAACCAGUAGUAGAAAGGAAUAAUCAUCAAACUGAGUUGGAAGCUCCAAGAACCCCUCGAACGCCUACCACUCCUGGUUUCAAUGCACAAAGUUUACCUAAUGGCUAUCCAAGAUAUCCAUCUUUUGGAGAUGCUUCAUCACACCCUUCCAGCAGGCAUCCUUCUGUCGGAAGUGCACGCCUCCCCUCUGUUGGUGAAGAAUCAACACAUCCAUUACUUGUAGCAGAGGAACAAGUGCACACUUAUGUCAACACUACUGGGGUACAAGAGGAAAGAAAAAAUCGAUCGAGUGUGCAUGUGCCACUGGAAUCAAAGCUUUCAAACACUGAAACAACUAAAGUGAAAGAAGAUCAGAUAUGUACUGAUGACAGAGAUGGUCAGGUUCUCCUGGAGCCUGAAGGAGUCAAGUUUGUUUUAGGACCAACACCUGUUCAAAGGCAGUUAAUGGAAAGAGAGAAACUGGAGCAAUUUGGGAGAGACCAAGUUAGUGGCAGCAGCACAAACAACACUGAAUGGGACACUGGGUAUGACAGUGAUGAACGCAGAGAAACACCAUCUGGUAAUAAAUUGGUGUAUGAAAAUAUAAAUAGGUUAUCAAUCCCUAGUGCCUCAGGGGUCAGGAGAGGUCGUUUGACAUCAACCAGUACCUCAGACACCCAGAACAUUAACAACUCGGCUCAGAGGAGAACUGCACUGUUGAACUAUGAGAAUUUGCCAUCCUUGCCUCCUGUUUGGGAAGCCCGCAAGCUGAGUAGAGAUGAAGAUGACAGUUUAGGACCAAAGACCCCAUCUCUGAACGGCUACCACAAUAACCUAGAUCCAAUGCAUAAUUAUGUCAAUACAGAGAAUGUAACAGUACCAGCAAGUGCUCAUAAAGUAGAAGUUAUACGACGUCGGGACUGUACCCCAACAGUCUUUAACUUUGACAUUAGACGUCCAAGUUUAGAACACAGGCAGCUCAACUACAUACAGGUUGACUUGGAAGGUGGUAGUGACUCCGACAACCCUCAGACUCCAAAAACCCCCACCACUCCUCUUCCACAGACUCCAACUAGGCGCACAGAUCUGUAUGCUGUGAUAGACAUUGAAAGAACUGCUGCUAUGUCAAGCUUGCAAAAAGCACUGCCCAGAGAUGAUGGUACUUCUAGGAAAACUAGACAUAACAGUACAGACCUGCCUAUGUGAGCCUGGGAAACAUUAAAUCAUUUGCACCUUUUGUGAAGUUUAUAAAAUUGAAGAUGCAAAUACUUUGCAUUUCUUAACACUAACGCCUUUUAUAGACUAACAGAACUUUUUCUGCAUACUUCAUGUACUUGUCUAACUAAAGGGAAUCAAUGUAGAGCAAGUAUUCAUUUAGGUAACACUAUUUCAUUCUACAGUAGUAGUAAUAACUGCAUAGCAGCAUCACCACCUUUCACAGUGCCUCUUUAAAUUGAUUAGUCUGAGUGACAUGCCAGUUUUGAAUUUAUAAAUAUUCUGGUCUGGUGCCUAUACUCAUUAAUGGCAUUUAUAACACUUUUUAAAGCCUCUUGAUAUGUGCAUUAUUGCUGGUAAACCUAAUCUUUCAAGAUAUCUAUCUUAGGUUCAUUCCUCAUUGAAGUGGCUCCUCCAGAAUGAAAUGUAUGUAACGCAUUAAUUCACUCAGCUUGAUGUACACAAGAUACCUUGGUUCAUCUCAAAGGAUAUAAACACCACACCUUUUUUUGUCUGUUUGGUUUUAUUUUAAGAUCAUAUGGGCAAGAAGGCCUCUGAUUCCCAAUAGUUCUCUUAACUUGUGUGAUACUUGAGAGGUCACAUCAAAAUUCACUGAUCAGAGCUAUAAAUGCAUCUAAACACAGCCUUAAGCUCCUUCCACUAGAAGAGAGUUCCAAGUGGUUUAUCAAUCCCCUGUGAAAUCUGACAGAAUUUUAAUCUCAUUAGAGUUGUGGAGGUUUUUUGUGAAGGAAUUCACAAGUUGGUGGUAUGAAUUAAGGCUUUCUUGUCAUUUCUUAGUUUCUUUGCAUUUGUGUGUUUCUUUUGUAUCUGUUCCAUAAUGUCUUGUUUUAAAAGUCAGAAUUUUUUGUACAUAGCUUUAAUUAUUGUUCAGGGUUGUUUAUGUGUUUGUCUCAGUUUGUGCAUUUGACAAAGACUCUUGAAGUUCAAAUGGUUGUCUUUGUCCAGUGUUUUACUUUUGUAUGCCUGACAGAAAUAUCCCAGCUCUCUAGCAGCAUGCAUAAUUGCACAACUGGAAUGGUUUAUUAAGCAGUUACAGUCUUCCUUUAAAGCAUCAGACAGGUUACACGGGAGGCAGGGUACUGGACUUGAUAGUUCUUUAUACAAAAUUGUACGUUCUAGCAAUGUGCACCACAGUUGAUAGUAUAAUUUAGAAAGAUACACAGUAAAUUAUCUAAAGGUAGUAUUAUCUACAAGCAUACUUCUCCUUGUGCAGCUGGUGAACUUUACAAUGAUGGCUGCUCAGUGUUACAGGUACACGCAGGUAGAACGUUGUUUGUUGAAUAUGGCAGAUGCAUCCUUGGCAGAUUCGGGUUGUGGGCAUUUUGUUUUGGUUUUUUUAAUACUCUGAAUAAUUUUAGAAAUCUUGCAGGUGCACCUUCAUGCUAGCAUCAGAUGAGAUAACUCUUGAGCCAGUGAUUGCAAAGGAAUUGACACUUGUGUAAACUGGUGUGAUGGAAAAUACCCCUUGAACUGUGAGUGAGGAAAAACAUAAAAGCCAUUUGGAGGUCUGAAAAAAGCAUUAAGGGUCUUCAUGCAAUAUUUGAAGUUUUAUAAAAAAAAACAAACUACUGUUGUUUUCAGUCUUUUAAAUUGGAGUGUGUUCCUGUUUUCUUUGUUAACUUCUUCAUUGGUCUUCUCUCAGUUCAGUAGUGGCAGCAGAAGCAGAACCUGAGAUACAUCAUCUUGCCACACCAGUAAGAGAUAUCAGGCAACCUUUUCCCUCUGACUUUCAUUAUUCUUCACAGACUGUAUUGGUACUGGAAUACCAGAUGCACAAAAACCAUAAAUAGCAGAAGUAAAAGAUGGGAGUCCUUGAGAACAUUAUGAGGAACUUUAAUGAGAUUUUAAAAAAACCUCAUUAGUGAUUUCACUGUCAGCCUAUGCAUAUGCUUGUGAUAGACCCACUGACUUCUGGAGGAACCUUGAUAUUGGUAAUGGCUGCCUAGAGUAAGACAUUUUACAGGUCUGCAGUGUUAGAGUUUCUUCACAUUUCUGCCAUUGCCUCACCUUACACUUGCUCCAUACAGAAGAAAAAUUGCCAGGUAUGGCAAAAUACUUAGUGAAUUAAUGAUAAUGGUGUGCUUUUUGUUAUUAGUUUAGAGCUUACUUAAAUUUCUGAGCUGAACUAAUGCCUUCAGCAUGUGUUUUGAGGCAAACAUGUUUGAUCUAGCUAGCUGCCUAGAAAUAUUUGGUCUUCAUCUGUAGAGUAUGGAUGUUUCAGAAAUUAUUAUUAGCUGGACCCUUAAAACACACCUGUGAGGCAGGGAAGUAGUAGUCUUAAUUGAUAAAUAGAGAAAGAGAGGCUUCAGGUAGAUCCUAAGUGACAUGCCAAAAUUACACCAGUCAUAUCUCUUCUUAAUUCCAGUGCAAUCUGCCAUGUGUUUAUCCUGAAUAGUCUCAGAUACAAGGGGUGGUAUCAGUAAUUAUUAUGUUCUUGCAAGUUGUUUUCUUAGCACUGGUCCCCAGAAUUGAGAAAAUAGAUUUAUAAUAUUUUAAAUUUCUGUAGCCUCAGUUAUAUUAACAAGUCUGACCACGUAUUUUCCUGUGCUAUUUUUUUAUCCUCUUACAUUUUACAAUGCUUUCUGGUUUUGCAAAUACUGCAGAGAUACUGGGUAAUCCCUGUUACACACACUACUCAUCUUCAGCAUUCCUUAUUUUCUGCCCCUUGAAGUAGACGUAGUUGCAAUGCACUUUACCCUUUGAGACUGGGUAAAUAUUUUUCCAGCUCAGUCUCUUUAAUGGCUGUGAUAUUAUGUUUAGUGUCUGUAAUCUGGGAUUCAGUUUUCAGCUGAAAUCGCUCCACAGUGUUUAGGUUGUAUUUAUUUUGGGCUCUCAUUGUACAGAAUGAGAAACUACAAAUAUGUAACCGUUUUCUUUAGUAAGUGGGACAUAGAAAGUUUACAUAGUUCCUGCAGAAUUGGCAACAUCUCUGUCAGUACAAUUUUUCAUAUAUAACAUGCAGUUGGCUGCUAUCGCUUCAAGCACAUUUGACAAGGAAAAGCCUUUAGUUGUAGGUAUUCCUUUAAUGCAAAAUUUGAGUAAGACAGAUACUAGUUUAUCUUUUUAAUGAGUUUAACCUGAGUUGAUAAAAAAGAUGAAACAAUGACCAAAAGUAUAUAAUAAAAAUUGUACUAAUUAGUGAAAGUUAGUGCAGCUCAGAAAGCCAACCCUGUCCUGGGCUGCAUCAAAAGGAGCACAGACAGCCCACUGAGGGAGGUGAUUCUCCCCCUCUGCUCUGCUCUUGUGAGAUCCCACCUGGAGUGCUGUGCCCAGUUCUGGAGUUCCCAGCAUAAGAAGGACACAGAGCUCCUGGAACAUGUCCAGAGGAGAGACACUAAAAUGAUCAGAGGGCUGGAGCACCUCCCCUGUGAAGCCAGGCUGAGGAAGUUGGGAUUGUUCAGCCUAGAGAAAAGGAAGCUUUAAAGGUGACCUUAUAGCAACCUUCCAGUAGCUGAAGGGAGCCUACAAGAAAGCUGGGGUAGGGCUUUUUACAUGGGUGUGUAGUGAGGGGACAAGCGGAAAUGGUUUCAGACUCGAAGAGGAGAAAUUUAAGUUGGACAUUAGGAAGAAAUUCUUUAAUUUGAGGGUGGUGAGACACUGGCACAGGCUGCCCAAGGAAGUUGGGGCUGCCCCCUCCCUGGAAGUGUUCAGGACCAGGCUGGAUGGGGCCUUGAGAAACCUGAUCUAAUGGAAGGUGUCCCUGCCCGUGCAGGGUGGUUGGAAGUUGAUGAUCUUUAAGGUCCCUUCCAACCCAAACCAUUCUGAUUCUAUGAAAAUGUAAUCCAUUGGUUAUAUCAGGAAGAUUUUGUUUUUCUCAAAUUGAUGUUAAGAGGAGGACCAAUUUCUUUAAUUUUGUGUCGUUUCUUUCUUGGUGACUUCAUAAAACCAUAUAGAAAAGACUCUUCUGAAAACCUUGCCUCUCAUUAGAAUGCUUUUUGUUUCUCCUGAUUAGUACAUUUGCAUGUGACAGGAUUUGAAUGUAAUCAAGCGCUGUUCUUAUUCCUAUUGAAAUCUACAGAAAUUUUAUAGAAAUCUUAGGUUUUCAGAUAGACAGUUCAUACCAUAAGCUGCUUAAUUCUGACCCACCCUCACUGCCUCUCCCUGAUGUUUGAGUAUUUGUAUGUGCCUGUACACCUCUGGCUAGGGAUUGGCUGUAAAAAGGGCCACAGGAAGAUGCAGGCUGUAUGAAGUCCAAAACAAAGUCAAAACAGGGCUGCUCUUUGGCAGUGACAGACCAGCAGUUGAUUUUGCUGGGUUUUUUUUAACAGUAUGUAUUGGCUCAAAAUCUGGCUAUCCUUGGUUUUUGGUUUAUAUUUAACCACUUAUCAAUUAGACAGUGACAGGAGGGAGGAGAUUGUUUUUACUCACUGUUGUUGAUGUAAAAAUUCAAGUUGUGAUUAAUGCCAGUUAUUACUUUGAACAUAUAAUGGUGUAUCUCAUUUGGACCUGUUUCUAAGCAGUAUUUUCCUCUUCAUGUAAGGUGGGAUCAAUGGUGAAAUUCCAUUUAUGCACUGUACUAAUUUAUUUAAUAGCUGCAAAUAAGAUGAAGCUGAUUUAGUAGGAACUAAUAGUGGACUUAAAUCUGAAUUUUUUCUGUUUCCCCUAAAGAAGUUUGGUCUUUCAAUUUGAUAGAUAGAAUUAGGUAUUUUUAAAAUUUAAUUAUAAGACCUUUCCCAUACUUUCCGUGAUGUAGCGAUUCAGACAUUUAUAUUUGACAGUAUUUACUUAAUAUAAACUCAAGUUCAUUUAUGAUAUCUUUAUUUUAAUUUCAUAUACACUCCAAAAAAAAAAAAAUCUGCAAGAAAUUGCAUCUCAAAAAAUUGUGUUAAGUUGGAGUCAAGGUUGCUGAUGUCCUUCUUACUGAGCAUAUACAAAAAAUAAAGGCAGUCUUGAGCUAAGCUUCUUUUGCAGUCUUUAGGAAUAACUUCCUCUUUUGGACAAGUUAAGUGAAUAAGAAAAAGACCUCGGCAGUUGUAACUCUGACCAUGUAUACAUUAUUUCUUGUGAUACUGUGCUGUAAGAUACAUGACUUAAAAGUCUGUCAGAUGUCUUAUGAGGUUAUUAUCAUAACAUGGUGUCUACUCCAGAUUAACGCAGUAUUUUGUUUGGAAGUAUGUACAGAUAGAAAUAGAAUACAAGAGAUAAAGUUACCUUGAAAGUUAAUAAAACAAGUGUCAGACAUUUCAAUAUUUUUAUACAUAACAAAGGGCAUUUUGAAAUUUUCUUGCAGUUUUACUAAUUAUUUAGUGUGGUAAUAUACAUAUCUUGUGACAACAUUUUCUGCUAUAUCCAUUAUUUGGUGUAAUUCUUUUUUAUGUAGCAAAUAUGUGUAUAUACAAAGGAGAUUGUUAAAAAUAUGCUUAAGAAAUAGUCUCGAGCCCUUCAGAACAGGGACCGUCUUCCUCUGUGUUUGUAAAGUAAUUAAUGCCUUGGGUUCCCCAACGCAGCUUUUGCCUCAGACCCAAGGUGACCAAAUUUCCAGGUGGUGGGCAGGGAGAAGCAGCUCCUCCUCUCUCUGCUUUGCACAAGAAGCCUUAGUAUGGAAGUUGCUGUCAGACUCACCUUGCCACUCCCUGAUGCUGGGGCUGUUUACAUGGUGAUUCCCAGCACCACCUGCCAACAGCUCAGAGUCCACCUCUACGUUGGUCCAGUAGGAAGUUGGAGGUAGGAGCUUUGAUGUCAUCAAGGAAUCUUCCUUGUUAGCAAGAAUUAUGCUUCUGGAACUUGUUUGGGCCUCACAUAGCAUCCUUUGAAGCCAAACAAAUGAUUUGUGUUGGCCUCGAGGGCCACUGGAUGUGUUCCUACAAGAUCAAGUUCUGCUGAUGUAACAGCUCUGUUGCAGCUGAGGAGCUGGUUGGUCAAGUUCUUCAGGAAUGGUCUAAAAAUACUGUAAAGAUAUAAAUAUAUUUAAUUAUGUGUACUGAAAAAAAGUCCUAUUUGUUGUGGUCACAGUUCAAAAUGUUAUGUGAAUUUUGAUUUUAGUCAUACUUGCAUAUAUAUUGUUUUAACUAUUAUGCAAGAAAGAGGAAGUGAUUCUGAAGUGUGUGAAAGAUCAGAAUUACACCUGGUUUUUAAUGGUUAUAUUAUUUAGGAAUGGAUGUCAGCAAAUUUAACUCCAUAUUAAUGCAGUUUUUUUGCAUUAGAAUAUGUGUGUAUAUCAUACAGCCACAUUUUAUAUAUAAUAUAUUAUAUUUGGUACUAACUUUGUAUUUUCCCUAAAAUUUUGCCAAAUCUCAAACACAGAUGUUCUCACUUCUACAACUUCGGUACUUAAUAACUGAAUGUAUAAGAAAUGCUCUGGUAUGAAAGGAGAGUGUUGUCUGGUAUCCCAAAUGACAGAUGUCUCAACCAGCUGGCAUGUUGCCUUUUUCACAUCUUGCUUCAUUGCAGCUUCACCUUUUGUCUCCUUAAAAACAGUCUGUGUUUUAACUAAACUGCAGGCUUGCCAUUACAGUACAGCUGGAUACCACCCCCGUGUGAAAGCUGGCUGGUAGUAGUAAGAAUAUAAAGGUCCACCAGUGUGCCACAAAUGCAUUUUAUUAAAUGCAGAAAUAGACAUUUCUAGAAAGGCCAAAAUCUUAUGUUGUAUGUUCUUUUCUUGUCACUACAUUGUAUGAUAUUGUAAGAUUAUUGUAUGACCUAAUUUGCAUUAUAAAAUGUUUUUUCCUACUUAAAGGCAUAAAUAUAGCAACUUUGUAUAAAGGUAGCUUUCUAGAUUUUUAUUUGUUUUUAUAUAAAAAAAGUCUAAACAGUAAGAGUACCAUUGCCAAAUUGUUUAUAAAAUUUGCCCUGUUCAAUGAAUUUUUUUUACAAACAUUCCAUAUUUCUUUUAUGAAAAAGUGAUAUUAUACUAUGCAGAAAGAGUGUAUUUUUAAGCCAUUCCAUGUUACUCCUAAAAAAAAAAAAAUCCCUUGUCUUAAGCUGUCAUUAUUGAGAAAGCUUAUCAAAUGUGCAUUUUUAAAAAUGUAUCAUGUAUUAUGACAACAUUUUUCCCCUUUACCAGUGCCAACUUCAUUUGGAAAAAAAAAAUAAUUGUAGCAUGGCAAUAAACUAUUGAUUUUACAU